AUGGCAGACGACUCGCUCCUUGUACCUGUCCUGCUGGCUAACGGAUCUCUUCACCACCCUAGCGUAUCAUCUAAUGCACUUGCGCAGGACAUUAUCGGAGUACUGACUGCUCAAGAGGAAGUGUUAUCUAGUGUCCUCGGGGAGCUACAGGAUACUGGCUGGGCCCUGCAGCAUGUUUGUAGUCAACCGAAUGGUCGUAAGUGGGAAGAGGCGGAACUCGAGGCUCUCGGGGAUGGCAUAAUCGACCCAUCGACUCCCAUCGCUCCUUUACUGAAACAAUCAAACUAUCCAGUGAUAAAUGCGUCUCAGAGGCACUUCUCCACGUUUCCUCUGACGUCCCAUUUGCAUUCCCCAACACUACGCUUGGUUUCGCUACAUGCAGCCCUCUCCUUGUCUCUCUCGUUUGCGCGUGUGCCUGAGAUUCAUGACGGGUUUACUUGGACGGUAUAUUAUGCUCGGAGCUCGAUCGUGGAGGAUGUCAUUCGUUUUGUGGUCGAGGACUUGGGUCUUACUAAGAGUUUGCCCAUGGCUGGGGGAGGUAACCUUGAAUAUAUCAUUCAGGAUGGCGCUUCGAGGAUCUCAUCCUCGUCAGUAUUGUCCGACCUCGUCCAGUCAUACUUAACAAAUUCCCGCCAAAAGCCUACAUUUCAGUUCUGCGUACCAGAGGAAUGGUACCUUCGCCCGCGAGCUCUUUUACCAUUUUCUGUACAGCCUUCUGAGGAUACCCUGAAGCGCUUUGAGGACAUACAAGCAGAAUCGGAUGACGCGGAGGGUACUGCAAAGCAGAAGAAGUCUACUCUUGAUGCACUGAUGGCGAAUGCUAGCACCGCUCGACCAGCCUCUCCAGAUUGGCGUGGUUCAAUCACGAGUCUCUUUGCGUGGCAACAGCCGGCACCUCCUGCCUCGCCACCCCCAUCGUUAUCAAAGAAGCGCAUGAGCGUGAGCGAUCCGGUCCUUGUCGAGCAACGGACUGGCGGAAGCAUCAUGCCGGUAACGCAAUCGAGCAUCCUAGAAGAUGAGAUAUUAGAGGUCGAUCAAGCCGAGUUUGAACGUUGCCUCGACCACAUGGCAUUGAAAGGAGACGCAAGGGACAAGAUGUAUAUAUUAACAGCUGCUAAGAAACGGCAAAUUAUUGACCAAGCACGGGCUUUGCAUUCGACUCUCGACGGACGGACUCCUCGACCAUCUCAGUCUAGACAAUCCACAUUGGAAGUUUCUGGCGGGGGAGCUUUCCUUCCUCGUCUGGUCCCACAGCUAACAGGCGACUCUGGAAUACUGAAGCGCUUAUCAAUGGUGACUUGGGGUACAAGCGCCGCUGUGCCACCGGUUAUGUCCCCCGCUCUCAAUCGAUCUAGUGGCGAAUUUGACAAAGUCGCGGAGACGAUGCAACCCCUGCAAGCACAGACUGCUGGCAGUAUGUUCGGCAACUGGUGGGCGUCUUCAGGUGGAGAGAAGAAUACCGAAGCAGAGAGUACGAUAUCUGCAAAGCGAUAUGUUGACGGCUUGCGCAACAUGAAAGCGGAUGCUAGGCUCGUCAAGCAUCUGAUUUCCCUCCGAGUACAUCUGUCUACCGCAAAGUUACCGUGGAUCGAGGAAUUUAUCAUAGAAGAUGGCAUGAACGCAAUAGGUAGCGCGCUUGCAGCACUCGUUGGUAAGGGCGGGAAGAGGACAGUCUUUGCGGACAUAGAAAGCACAGUUCUGCUAGAGAUCAUCAAAUGCCUCAGGGUGCUCCUCAACACUCAGGCCGGAUUUGACAGCGUUUUGUCGUCUCCCACAAUCAUUAUUCAUAUAGCGUAUUCUUUCUACGGCGCCUCUCUGAAGACACGCAUGCUUGCUGCCGAACUUCUCGCCGCAAUAUGCGUGCUCUCGCCCAAUCAGGGUCACAAGGCCGUCAUAGCUGCAUCAUCAGAAUAUCGCAUCGCCUAUGAUGAACUGUACCGCUUCGAGUUUCUGGUUGCUGCUUUGGGUAUAUCAGACCAGAGUAACGACACUGCAGCCAACAAUACAUCCUCACAUGAUGAGGAUGGUAUAUGGGAGGCACGAACUGCUUUCAUGGCCCUCGUAAAUGCCCUCACUAACUGUCCUGAAUCCCUGGAAGACCGCAUUUUAUUGCGCGAAGAGUUCGGGCGGCGUGGCUUAAAUGAAGUCAUAGUGACUCUCCGCUAUACAAAACCGCCAGACUCUCUACUGACUCAACUGGAUCUUUAUACGGAGGAGAAGUACGAGGAUGAAGAGGAUCUACGAGAGCGAACACGAAACGCCGUGCGAGGCGGUCAGGGGUACGGAAUAGAACGCUCUGAAUCAGACAUUUUCCUGGAUGAUCUUCUACAAAGCGCGAACAACGUGGGGCUCGGGUCUAUAUCGAUGAGUAUUUUGCACCACUUGUCUUCUAUCAUGAAGGGUGAUGCUGAAUUGAACGUCAAAGUUGAUCAACUAGCUAUAGUGGAUACAUUUUUGGAUCAUAUUUUUACUGCAGAUGAUAUUGACUUGGGCUGGAUACCUCUGAUUACGAGGUUUCUGGAUGCAAUCCGGCCCAUUACUGGCCAGGAUAUAAUUAUAGAUGCCGUCGAUGGUGGGACGAAGCGCGAGCUGGAAAACCUUCGUGUCCAAAUAGACGAUCUGAUCCAGACGAACUCGGCACUCAAGACAAGGCUUGAACAACGCACAGGAUCAAACCAGCAAAAGCCGAAUACUUCAAGCAAAGGGGGAAAUGAGAACAAACUUGUUCAACGGCUGAUGCAGAAGGAGAAGGAAGUUACCCAACUACAGGCGGAACUUGAGCGCUUGAACUCUCAAAUUUCGAACAACGCGCACGAUGUUGUGGGUUAUGUCAAUUCACAUCGCUGA